AAGUGAGGCAUGAGGCAUCUUCAUAAGUGCCCUUUCUUGUGACUUUUUUUGAAUUUUAUAUAACAUUUGCUACUAGUUCCAUUGCAGAACUCUUCAUUGCCAGUCGAAUUCCGAGGUUGGUAGUUGUGACAGCAUGCCCAGGGAAUACUGCUGACAUACAUAUGCUUUCAGAAAGUGCUUUUGUUGCAGCUCUGACAAUGAAAACUGGUAUCAGAGUAGAGGGGAGAUAUUCAUAGUUCUAGGAGAGCAGAAAGAGAGGGAAAGAGAGGCAUAUGAACAAGUGCACUUGAUAAAACAAGCCUGAUAAAGAAACAAAGGACUGGAAAAGGAACAAGUGCUAGUUUGAUUUGCAAGAAUGUGAAAGACAACCUGCAGCAAGGGAUGCAAUAAGUCACUGGUGAUAGAGACUACUGUACCUACUCAGCACAAGUAUAAAAAAAAAUAAAAAUGGAAGAGAGUAAGAAAAAGAAGAAACCAGAAGAGCAAAUUCAAGAGCCUGAUGAACCAGAUUUACCAGAAGCCUUACUAGAAUAUCACAUUGAAGCAAAAGAAGCAGCAAUUGAACGGGUAUUGUUCCAUCUGAAAGGAUUGGAAGAAAAAAUCAAAGAAAAUCUUAAAAAAAAUGUUGUUCUGAAGGAAGAACAGGAGGUGCUUAUCUGGCACUUAGUAAGGCAAAUAGAAGAAAAGGAGAAAAAACGAGAUGAGAAGGAGGUUGUAACCAGGGAUGAUGUGGAGGAGUCACUGAAAGCAGUUUUUCAGCUUGUGAAGGACAAAGAACAACUUCUUCAAGAUCUGCGCUCCCAAAUUGAAGAAACUAAGAAAAAAAUUUCAGAAAAGCAGCGUGAGAGAGAUUAUUGGUUGGAAUACAAAAAUGUUGGAAGUAAAAUACAUGCUGAGAGGAUUAGCAGUCUGGAAAAAGACAUUGCAGAAGUCAAAUAUGAACUUGAAAGAGCUGAAGAAUAUUAUAGAGAAGCUUUGAAGGUUGUGAGAGAAGAAAAUCAGAAACUGUUUGAUAGGCACAUGCAGUUGCUCAGUGAAGAGGCUCUUAAGAAUGCUGUGGGAUACUUAGACAAAAACUGUCGCAGAGAGAUUGAAGAGAAUGAGUGGCUAAAAGAAGAGGUUAAGAUCUACCGAAAGGAAGAAAGUGAUUUGAAAGCUUCUGUCCAGCUCCUGGAAGAAGAAAAUGUCGAUUUAGUCGCAAAACUGAUUGAUAUCAAACUUCAGCAUCUAGGACUAUCAGGGCAUUUGUUUCUUACAAAGGGAGCUGGCUUGCAUGAAGAACUUCCUGAGGAUGAAAUGAAAAGGGAAAACAGAGAAUAUGCAGCAAAGACAGAUGGAAAGAGCCUCAGAAGUGCCUUUGCAAAGAUUCAGUCUAAAACAGAUUAUGAGAAGCCUCAAGACAGUGAUGAAAAGCUGUGGAAAAAAUUUUCCAUUCGAGCCCUGGACAGCUUGGAUGAAGUUGAAGAAGAGUUCCAGGCAUACUCAAAACUAGGACCUCUGAAGAGAAAGCUGUAUGUGGUUGGAAAAGCUGUGCCUACUUGUAAGGAAUCAGAAGAAAUGCCAAGCGGGAGCCACAGAGGAGAGGACACUGUUGGUAAAUCAGAUGGGCAUAUCACAGCUGAGAUGAUCAAGGCCUUAUUUAAGGAAAAUGUUGAUGAAAACUAGACAAGCUGUGCUGUUUACACAGAAAUGUAACAUUCUCCAUUCAUUAAAUAUUUGCUCUCUUCUGUGUGGCAUGGGGCUUUGAGGAAACUAUUUUAGAGUGCCUGAAUCAUGAUUAUAAGUUUCAUGAGAGGUAUGUCUGUGUGAAGAAGCUAAUUGAAGGGUUCCUCUCCUGACCACUGUGAGAGGUCUUGUGCACUUCUUGGGGUAUUCAGUCUAGCAGCACGUAUAUCUACUAAAAGGUCCAAGCUAAUAUUUAGUUUGUGUGGUCUCCACUUGCAGAUGUAGAAUUCUCUCUUGAUCACAGUGAAUGGAUCUGCCCAUAUGCAGGCUGCCAUAAAACACAGAUCUGUUACAAAAUACUUAAUGCUCUGCUAAAGCAGAAUUAAUUCAAGCAUAAUUGAAUUAUUCAAGUCUAAUUCAACUAUUGCUAUAAAUUGAGUGUUUGAAUACUUUCUUAUCUGUCUGCACAAGACCCCUGCUAAAAUACAUUGAAAUAAACAAAAAUUAAUUGAAAACAAUUUAAAACCAGCAUAGAAAUCUCUAAGGUCUUAAAUAUUUCGUUUGUUUAGAAUUGACCAAAUGUAUUGUGUAAGCCCAUAUCCUUGGUUUGUGGCUGGUCUCUUUGAACAUAUCUCUCAGUGCAUUGAUUCAGUGGGAGGGUUCCCUCUGGACACCCUCUCAGUACCACACAGCAGGUCCUUCCCACAUGUAGGCUCUGACCCAUGCAUUUCCUCAUUAGAAACUUGUGACAGCAUUGAACAAUCUG